UCUCGCUACCUUUCAGGCGCCGGACAUCUGAGGGGGGUGUAUAUGUACAGCCACAGCACGAGACAUGCCUUCAGUACACAGGUGCGCCGCCAUCAUGCAGGGGACUAAGGGCUUCACGCCCCAGCUGGUGCUCGUCCUCCUGGUGGCCUCCACGUGGGGCGCUCCGCACCUCGGGGAACAGGAUCACCUGGCAACCAUCCUUAGCUACCACCACACUGAUGAUGGGGACGGGCACUUCCAGUAUGGUUUUAAGAGUUCCAACGGAAUUAAUGUGCAGGCGGAAGGCACCCCGGGGAUCGAGGGCCAAAACAUCCGUGGUACUUUCAGGUACCCCCUCCCAGACGGCACCAUCGUUGAUGUGCACUACGUGGCUGACGAAAACGGAUACCGCGUCGAGUAUCCGAUCAUCCACUCCCUCCGACCGCUACCCGCACGCCCCGACGAUACCCACGAGCAUGACGACCCGCUGCAAGACCCCGCCGAGGAGUCCACGGACUCCUCACACAUUGAGGACGACCUGCCUGACUCGCACGUUGAAGACCACAACCAUUUAGACGCCCACAUGGAUUAUAAUGUGACUGAUUCUCACACUCCCACUAACCCUCACACUCCCUCUCAUUCUCUCACACAACACGACCCUUACACUUCUCAUGUUCACACUCCUACUGACUCUCACACUCCCCCUGACUCUCACACUCCCUCUGACUCUCACUCCGCCACUAAUCACACCUUGGAGUCACCUCAAGACAGCCCAAACUCCCUCACUCUCGAUCUGCGAUCAGUUGGCUGAUGUCAGUCUCACACUCACCUGCAAGGAACACAAUGACUCUUAGUAAAUAGUCCAUAGUUAAUAGGAAGUGAAUAUGUACACGCAAACCAAAUAAAUAGAGACAAA